AUGAAUCCUCCCUCUCUCGGUGCGUCAAACUUGCGAUCACUUGUCAUCCAAGCUGCUACUCAAGAAAUUGCUCAAGAUGAUGACGCAACAAGCUUGGAUCUUUCUGGCAUCUUGUGGAUGGAACACAUCAACUUGAUUGUCGGAGAUUUGGAUUUGGCAGCUGCGUUUUACUUGGAUUUCUUGGGCUUUUCGCGGGAUCCAACCAAAUCGUUCACGCACCUGAACUUGGGACAGCAACAAUUUCAUUUGGCAGUCCCAAAGACUCCUGAGGAAUCCGUGCACACGAUUGCUGGAAGCAUUGGUUUGACAGUGCCGGAUCUUCAGUCAGUGAUUGAUCGAAUACCACAAGCACAAGAGGUUCUACAGGAGAAAACACAGUUUGAAAUACUAAAGACCAAUCUAGAAGAAGGAUACCUCACUCUGCAAGGGCCUUGGGGAAACAAAUUUCACAUUUACGAUCUACAGCAUGAUUCAACUUACGCUGGUGCAUCCUCGUCCUCGCUAUCUCAAAGUACACGCAAGAUGGAACAACUCCACGACUGGGGAGGAACGCAUGGAAGUCAUAGAAUGGCGGUCCGUCAACAACCUGGAAUCCGAUAUUUAGAAUUGAUAUGUCAAAAGGGGACAUCUCGUGCCAUUGGAGACUUUUAUCAGCAAAUGCUCCAUAGUCACGGGAUUCAUUCGUUUGAGAAACUGAAACAGAACCAAAGCAUUGACAUGGAUACCGAUGGUAUCGCGCUCUCAGUCGGACCGGGGGUGCAUAUUAUGUUUGUAGAGCAACAGGAAGAAGCAGCUCCAGAAUUCUACGAUUCAUGGAUGAAGGCCAUGCAAGGCAUCCACAUUUGUGUCUAUGUCGAAGACUUUCAUGGAUUGUAUCAACGCCUCGCUGCGAAACACUUGAUUUGGACGAAUCCACGCUUCGAGUAUUUAGACUCGUGCGAUACUUGGGAGCAAGCAAAGAGGAGCAGAACACUACGAUUUCGGUACAUUUUGGAUUUGGAAACCAAGAAACCAAUAUACGAGUUGGAACAUGAAACAAGACCCCUGUUACAUGGGCAAUAUAUGAAAUCGUUGCAAUACAUACCAAGAUGA